GUAGUUCAAGUGCUCUUUAUUUGCAUCCCAUAACCGCAACUGAGCUGUAAACUCAUGUGUAAACCAUUGCCUGGUAUUUGUCGCACAAGUGUGACGUUACAGAUCACGUUCGCUGCCUUUGCUGGCGAUAACGCCCGUCUUUCUAAAUGAAAAUAUUGUUUAUAUCAACCUGUUGUUCAUGCUUCUAAGACGGCCAUACCUCUUUACCGUAACGCGGGAAUAGACACGAUAUUCGCAGGAUGCAGCCCCUCAAGGAUGCCCAGCUGGGGGCUUUUACCUUCUUUGCCUCGGCGCUCCCCCAUGAUGUGUGCGGCAGCAACGGCCUCCCCCUGACCCCCAACUCCAUCAAAAUCCUGGGACGUUUCCAGAUCCUGAAGACCGUCACCCAUCCCAGACUCUGCCAGUAUGUGGACAUCUCCAGAGGAAAGCAUGAACGUCUCAUCGUUGUUGCUGAACACUACGAGAGCAGUUUGAGUGAUCUCCAAAAACACGGUUACAAAGUCAGCCCAGAGAGGGUUCUGCAGAUCGCCUACGAGGUCCUGGAAGGCCUGGCCUUUAUGAACAAACAUGGUAUGGUGCACAGGGCCCUCAGUGUGCACAAUGUGCUACUGGAUUGCAAGGGCAACAUCAAGCUGGCAAAGUUUGGCCUCUAUCACAUGACCGAUUACGGCGCUGAUGUGGAUUUUCCAAUUGGGUACCCAUCGUACCUUGCUCCAGAGGUGAUUGCGCAGGGCUGCUUUCACGCCAGUGACCCUUCCCACGAUGAAGCCCCGCGGCCCUCGGGACCCAAAAGUGACGUGUGGUCACUUGGCGUUCUGCUGUUUGAACUGUGUGCUGGUCGACGUCUGCUGCACAACAUAGACAUAAGUGAGAGGCUGAAGUUCAUUCUAACUCUGGGCUGCAUGGAUGACAUUGUCACAGUCCUCGCUGAAGAGCACGGCUGCCUGGAAAACAUUAAGGAGCUGCCCGAGAAGGUUCUAGAGUUGCUGCGGAAAUGCUUGACCUUCCUUCCUUCCAAUCGACCGAGUCCAGCCGAGCUGUUGGGGGACGCCGUGUUCGAUGGCGUGUCGUGCCUCUACACGCCCUUCCAGAAGCCCGUGAGCCUGUUCUCGUCCUCGCUACGCUGCGCACAUCUGGAGCUCCCCGAGGACAUCGGUGACUUUUGCAAAGACGAAGACGACGACUACCUCUCAGAGCGGGCCAUCAAUGAGGUGUACCACCUGUGGUGCCUUGCAGGGGGUGACCUUGAGAAGGAGCUGACCAACAAGGAGAUCAUCCAGUCCAAACCUCCCAUCUGCACGCUCCCCAAUUUUGUCCUGGAGGACGGAGAGUCGUUCGGCCAGGGCAGGGAUCGCAGUUUCUUGCUGGAUGACACCACGGUGACGCUUUCUCUGUGCCAGCUCAGGAAUAGGCUGAAGGACGUCGCAGGAGAAGCUUAUUUCCCUCUGCUGGAGGAUGAACGUUCAAAUCUGACGCACUCCAACAGCGCCAACGAGCUUUCUUCCACUGUCACGCUACCGCUCAUCAUCCGCGAGAGAGACACUGAGUACCAACUCAUUCGUGUCAUCCUCUUUGACAGGCUGCUCAAGGCUUAUCCUUACAAGAAGAACCUGGUGUACAAAGAGGCCAGGGUAGACAUCCCCCCUCUUGUGCGUGGACUAGCCUGGGCAGCACUGCUGGGCAUUGAGGGGGACAUUCAGGCCAAAUACGCAAGCAUCGACAAGGACACGCCCAUUCCAACUGACAGACAGAUCGAAGUGGACAUCCCACGCUGCCACCAGUACGACGAGCUGCUGUCCUCCCCGCAGGGUCACGUCAAGUUCAGGCGCGUCUUGAAAGCCUGGGUGGUCUCCCAUCCCGACCUGGUCUACUGGCAGGGUUUGGAUUCUCUUUGCGCCCCAUUUCUUUACUUGAAUUUUAACAAUGAGGCAUUAGCAUAUGCUUGUAUGUCCGCCUUCAUCCCAAAAUACCUCUACAACUUUUUCCUGAAGGACAACUCACACGUCAUCCAAGAGUACCUGACCGUCUUUUCACAAAUGAUUGCCUUUCAUGACCCCGAGCUCAGCAACCACCUGAAUGAAAUCGGCUUCAUCCCUGACCUGUAUGCCAUUCCUUGGUUCCUGACAAUGUUCACACAUGUGUUCCCGCUGCACAAGAUAUUCCACCUGUGGGACACGCUGCUACUGGGGAACUCGUCGUUCCCUUUCUGUAUCGGCAUAGCCAUAUUGCAGCAGCUCAGGGACCGCCUUCUUGCCAAUGGCUUCAACGAGUGCAUCCUGCUGUUCUCUGACCUGCCAGAAAUUGACAUCGAACGCUGUGUCCGUGAAUCUAUCAACCUCUUCUUCUGGACACCAAAAAGUGCCACAUACAGACAACAUGCGCAGCCACCGAAAGUCUCUGGUGACAAUGGCUUUGAAAAAAAUGCAACAUACUACUCAUCUAACGACCGGGAUUUUCCCAAGACGGACCUAUCUCGGGAGCCUCUUGUGCUGUUCGACCUGAAAGCUGAAGUGUCCCCUCGCAUCUCGGCAGAGGACUUCAUCGACCUGUGCGAGAUGUCAUACGCCGCAAAUAACCGCACCAAAGCCAGCAGGCCACAAAUUAUUGCUGUUGACAUUCGCAGUGCAGAGGACUUCAACAGAGGCCACAUGUCUGGAAGCAUUAACAUUCCCUUCAGCACAACAUUCGGCUUCGAUGACGAGGUGCUACAGUGUCCAGCAACCGGAACCCUCCACAACUACAGAGGACGGGUCGUUGUCGUCAUUGGGCACGUCAUAAAAAGUGCUUCUGUGUUUGCUGCACACCUUGUCAAGGUGAACUUCCCACGGGUUUGCAUCCUGGAUGGAGGGAUCAAUAAGCUGAAGCCCACAGGACUCCUGACUGUCCCUUCCCCUCAGAUCUGACCCAAGAGUCAGCUGGGAAAGACUAUGUACAUAUUUGAAGUUGUUUGUUUUGAUAGCGAUAUGAUUAAAGCGUGGAUCCACCCCAAUAACAUUGUUACGUAUGUAGCUUGGCAGUGAAAAUGAAAAUGUCGAAUGUCGAAUGAGUGUAUUUCCAAAAUAUUUGGGGGAAUAUACACCUUGGAAGUCACAUAAAACCCCAGAGUUUGAACAAUUAUUAUGAAUCACCCCUGCACAUCUAGAAACUUGAGCUUAGUGGGUCUCUGAAAAAAUGUACUCCGAAAGCAUUUAGCUUCUGGCUGUAUUGUCACAGGAAAAUUAUGAUGACCACAGAAGAAAAAAUGAUUGUGACUCGUGAGAAUUGUGAAAAACCUUGCAUUAAAAUCAUUAAAAUAUUUUUCCAACA